AUGCCGAGACAGCCCAAGUUCAAAAUCCACAAGGCCAGCGGCAUCUACAGGAGUUUCCUUCUGAUUCGCCCCGAUCACCCCGACCUCCCUGCUUUGACCAUGCUCAAAGAAGUGGUGAAGAUCCUGCAAGCCGGCCAGGGCAACUUCUCCCCCAACCGCGACUCCUUUCCCGACAAGCAGGUAGGCGAUCUUAUUUUCGAGAUCAUCAGCGAGGAUAAUUCUCUCAAGGGACUGACCGAUGCUGCCAUGCAGUGCAUCACGCAGCAGAUCGAGAACUGGCAGUAUGACCAGGACAUGAUCCGCUGGGAGCAGUAUGUCGAGGGGAUGGUUUUGAUUGACUAUAGUGUGCUUUUUGAGUAUCUUUCAGUGCUACACAAGUGCUACGAUGCCUCGCACAAGAACGUGGCACAUACCCAUCCUCUAGGUACUCAGCCCAGCUCAGACAGCUAUCCGGGCCAUGCUAACCAACUAGAUCCCCUAACGAAGGACGAAAUCACCUUGGCAGCAAACCUCAUCCGUCAGCAUGGAGAAUCCCUUGGCGUAGAAUUCAAGUUCAACGCCAUCACCCUCCGCGAGCCGUGGAGAUCCGAAUACACCUUCUUCAGAGAGAACAUCGAGCGGCGUCCGGAGCGACGCGCCUUUGCGAUACUCCAACGUGGACCGACAGGCGUGGCAGAAACAAUUAGCUAUGACAAGCACUGGGGGGCAACGCGUCGCCUUCAGCAAGCGUUCCCCUUCUACCGUGCGGGUUCCCUAGGCAAUGUCUAUGCGUAUCCGCUCGACUUUUGUGUUGCGAUGGACGUAGAGGCCAGGAAGGUUCUUGGGGGAGUGACGCUACGGGCGUCUGGUUUCUUUCCGGAGAAUCCGGAUUUGUGGGUGCCACCAUCAUGUCGGGAGAAUUCGUCUGGAGAAGUUGAUUAG